ACUUGAGAGCAACGAGCUCUUAUCUGUUAGUGGCUAAAGGAAUUAAGAUUCCCAGAUGGGAAGUUGAUGUGUUUCCAUUAUUUUUUGUAUACAUAUAUGAGACGAGGUACGCAAGGUGCUUCUUCUUCUAGACAGCAGGAUGAUCCAGAGGGAGAACCACAGAGGCCACUUCAUCGUCUUAUUCGGGGGCCUUGUAGGGCUAUUCCUACACAGCAGCAGCUGCCCAGCUUAAGCCAGCCUCCCGCACAGCAGCAGCUUUCCAGUUUGACUCAACUUCCCACACAGCUGCAGCAGGAGCGACCCACUGUUACUCAGCCACCAUUGGACAAUGACCAGUACACUGGUGAUGAUGCAACAAUGGAGGAGGACACUAAAGAGCGUAAUUUGGAGGCUGAGUUGGAUGCUAAGUUUGCUGUGCUUGAUCCUGAGUUAGAUGCUCAACUGGAGGAGGAGCUAUCACGUGUUGUCCCGAAGACAAGACGUGGCAUGGAUAAAGGAGAUGACACUCCUGCAGACCCGAAUCAAAGGAAGGUGCUUAGCCUUAAUUGUCGAGGCACAUUCAGCCAUGAGGUUUGGGAGGACUACCACAGUAAUUUGGAAGUACUUGUAUAAUGAGCCAGUGCUUUUUUGGUUUAGUUGGCCUGAGGAAAAGAAGAGGGUUGCUUGGGAGAAUUUUCAAGUAUGAAAAUUAUAGAAUAAAAUGAAAUAUUUUUU